AUGGAGUGCUCCAUCUGCUUCAACCUCGGUGCGCGGGAGGUCGAGGGUCAACUGUUAAACCGGAACCGGCGCUUGGUCAAAUUCAUCCAGCUAGGCGACUUGAAGCAGUCCGCAGGAUUGGAACGGUGCCAGGAGUGCAAGCUGCUGUGGGAAGCGCUAAUACUUCUGCGCAAGAGCGACUUCACCGAGUCUGAACUCGCUGGAUACAUCCAGUUGCAGUUCGCACCAAAUAGCCCGCUGCUGCUACAUGGCCCAUUGUCUCUUGACAUCUUUUCCCGAGAGAGCGACAGCGGUCCUCGUCAUCCGACCAUAGGCCCAGCCAAAGAGGUCGAGAGCCACUCGUCUGCGCCAUCCUGUCUCGCUCUGGCUUCCUCGUGGCUUCAAGAUUGCCUUGCAAACCACCCAGCAUGCAAACAAGCAUCGAAUCAGAAUCUCCCAACUCGCGUGAUUGAUGUUGGUGCUGCUGGACUCCGCGAGCCAUUUCUAGUCGAAACACAUGGCGCUUCUGGGGCAUAUGUGGCGCUGAGCUACUGUUGGGGGGAUCCAUCUGUCCAUCACGUUCUGAAAACAACACACAACAACUUUAUGGCUCAUAAAACCUCCAUUCCCCACGAAGACAUGCCUGCCACAUUGCGUGACGCCGUUACUAUCACCCGUCAUCUCGGCAUUCGAUACCUCUGGGUAGAUGCCCUUUGCAUCAUACAAGGAGACCCCGACGACUGGGCGAGAGAGGCAGGACGAAUGUGUGAAGUCUACUCCAACGCUGCGGUAACCAUAUCCGCGGACCAUGCAGACGGGAAUUCUGUCGGGAUUUUCGCUCCGCAGGCAUUUGGAAUCCCGCCUCAGCAGCUUGAGCUCAAUGGACGACCAGUCUAUGUUAGAGACAGCUUGAAAAGAAAGCACAACGACGUUACCAUAUUGUUGAGGACGAUUGAGAUGGAAGGCAGCCAUGCCGAGCCCAUUAACAAACGCGCGUGGACACUGCAGGAAGCAGUCUUGUCUAACAGAACACUUCACUACACCUCGAACGAGCUUGUCUGGGAAUGCAACACCUUUCGUCUCUGUACCUGCCGCCGAGAGGACCCCGUAGAGCUGGAUAUGGAAUCCUUGCGAUGUAUUCGCUCGCCAGCUUUGUUUCGAGAGAUGUCAACAAGCAGAGCAUACCUCCAGUGGCGACAGAUCGUGCAGCUGUUCACGGAGCGUUCCAUCAGCUACGACGAAGACCGACUCCCGGCGUUAUCUGGCAUGGCUAAACAAUUCGGUUUGAUGUACGAAGCUGCGAACGGGAAAAAGGACCGAUACCUCGCGGGGCUAUGGGAGGGAGACCUAGCAACGCAGCUGAUGUGGACAUCGGAAGAUGAUUACUGGCGCAACCCUGAGAUCCAGUACCGGCGACCGAAAAAAUGGCGAGCGCCGAGCUGGAGUUGGGCGGCGGUUGAGGGACCGGUAUUGUUCCAUCCGAUGUCGCAUUUCAAGCAGGACGUUGAGGUGUUGGAGAUACAUGUCGAAGCUUUGACCCAGGCCGAUAUAUUCGGCCAGGUUCGGGAAGAUGCGAAGCUGGUAAUCCGCGGGAGCCUUGUUCAUGGGCUUAAGAUCACGUCUCAUACCGCCAAGCCUGGAGAUUCGUUCAUGGGAUAUGUGGCCGGGGUCAGGUAUGAGAUUGUAGAUACACAGGGAAUGGGCCACACGGUCAUCUGGGACGAUGCAUCUUCAGUCCCUGCUGUCAACAACACUGAGGAGUAUACUUGCUUGUUCAUCGGAAAGACGUCAAACAAGGGUGAUACACACCCUUAUCUCGGUUUUCUGGUUCUCAAGAGGUUAAGCCAGGAUGUAAAUGUAUUUAGGCGGGUUGCCGUGUCGUUACGCAGUAGUUGGAUGGAUACAAAGGAAGAGGUAGGCUUGUUCAAAAGUGCAAAAAGAGAAGUUGUCACUCUUCUUUGA